AGGAGUGGUAGAGCAGCUAGGUGGGCCGGGCCGGGAUCGCGCCGCUUCCAUGCUGGUCUCGUCUCGUUUAUAUAUACCUCCUCCCCCGCUCCCACCCCCGGCCGUUCUUAUCCCCAGAAGCUUCCACCGAAUUGGCAACCCCAUCCUCCUCCUCCCCCUCUUCUCCCUCUGCAUUCCCACGCGGCCCUCGCCGUCUCUUCAUGCGCCAUUCCCGUCUAGCAGCACUGGGCAUCUGCGGCGCGCACCGGUAGAACCAAGGAUCGGAUCGGACCGGCGAUGCCGUCGCUCUCCUGCCACAACCUGCUCGACCUGGCCGACGAGCUGCCCCCGCUCCCCCCGUCCCCGCUCCGGCUCCCGCGGGUCAUGGCGGGCGCCUCCCCCUCCUCGCCGGCCUCCCCGUCCCCUUCCGGCCCGCCUCGCCGCGUCAUCGUCUCCCACCGCCUGCCCCUCCGCGCGUCCCCGGACCCCGCGGCGCCGUUCGGGUUUAAAUUCACCGUCGACGCGGGCACCGUCGCCUACCAGCUCCGCUCGGGCCUCCCCGCCGCGGCCCCCGUGCUGCACGUCGGCACGCUGCCCCCCGCCGCGGCAGAGGCGGCCUCCGACGAGCUGGCCAGCUACCUCGUGUCCGCCUUCUCCUGCCUGCCCGUCUUCCUCCCCGCCGACCUCCACGGCAAGUUCUACCACGGCUUCUGCAAGCACUACAUGUGGCCGCUGCUCCACUACCUGCUCCCGCUCACGCCCUCCACGCUCGGCGGCCUGCCCUUCGACCGCGCGCUCUACCACUCCUUCCUCUCCGCCAACCGCGCCUUCGCCGACCGCCUCACCGAGGUGCUCGCCCCCGACGACGACUUCGUCUGGAUCCAGGACUACCACCUGCUCGCCCUCCCUACCUUCCUCCGCAAGCGCUUCCCGCGCGCCAGGGUCGGCUUCUUCCUCCACUCGCCCUUCCCCUCCUCCGAGAUCUUCCGCACCAUCCCCGUCCGCGACGACCUGCUCCGCGCCCUCCUCAACGCCGACCUCGUCGGCUUCCACACCUUCGACUACGCGCGCCACUUCCUGUCGGCGUGCUCGCGCCUCCUCGGCCUCGACUACCAGUCCAAGCGCGGAUACAUCGGCAUCGAGUACUACGGCCGCACCGUCACCGUCAAGAUACUGCCCGUCGGCAUCGACAUGGGCCAGCUCCGGUCGGUGGUGUCGGCGCCGGAGACGGCGGACGUGGUGCGCCAGGUCGCCGACGCCUACAAGGGGCGGCGCCUCAUGCUGGGCGUGGACGACGUCGACCUCUUCAAGGGGAUCGGGCUCAAGUUCCUGGGGAUGGAGCAGCUGCUGGUGGAGAACCCCGAGCUCCGCGGCAAGGCCGUGCUGGUGCAGAUCACCAACCCGGCGCGCAGCGAGGGCCGGGACGUGCAGGAGGUGCAGGACGAGGCCAGAGCCAUCAGCGCCCGGGUCAACGAGCGGUUCGGCACCCCCGGGUACACCCCAAUCGUGAUGAUCAGCCGCCCCGUGUCGGAGCACGAGAAGGCGGCCUACUACGCGGCCGCCGAGUGCUGCGUGGUGAGCGCCGUCCGCGACGGGCUCAACCGGAUUCCGUACAUCUACACGGUGUGCCGGCAGGAGAGCACCGCCCUGGGGGACGCCCCCAAGCGGAGCGUCAUCGUCCUCUCUGAGUUCGUGGGAUGCUCCCCGUCGCUCAGCGGGGCGAUCCGGGUGAACCCAUGGAGCGUGGAGUCCGUUGCCGAGGCCAUGAGCUCGGCAUUGAGGAUGUCCGACGGCGAGCAGCGGCUGCGGCACGAGAAGCAUUACAAGUACGUGAGCACCCAUGAUGUGGCCUACUGGGCGCGCUCGUUCGACCAGGACCUGCAGCGAGCGUGCAAGGACCAUUUCUCGCGGCGGCAUUGGGGGAUUGGUUUCGGGAUGAGCUUCAAGGUGGUGGCGCUUGGCCCAAAUUUCAGGCGGCUUUCCGUCGAGCACAUUGUGCCGUCGUUCAGGAAGACGGAGAACCGGCUGAUCCUCCUGGACUACGAUGGGACCGUGAUGCCGGAGAGCUCCAUCGACAAGGCGCCGAGCAGUGAGGUCAUCUCUGUCUUGAAUCGUCUGUGCGAAGACCCGAAGAACAGGGUGUUCAUCGUGAGCGGUCGGGGGAAGGAUGAGCUGAGCAAGUGGUUUGCGCCAUGUGAGAAGCUGGGGAUUGCUGCGGAGCAUGGCUACUUCACCAGGUGGAGCAAGGAAUCGCCAUGGGAGACCUGCGGGCUGGUGGCAGACUUCGAUUGGAAGAAGACCGCCGAGCCGGUGAUGAGACUGUACACAGAGGCCACCGAUGGAUCAUACAUCGAGCACAAGGAGAGCGCGCUGGUGUGGCAUCACGACGAGGCGGAUCCAGACUUCGGUUCAUGCCAGGCGAAAGAGCUGCUCGACCAUCUCGAGAGCGUGCUCGCCAACGAGCCGGUCGUCGUGAAGAGGGGCCAGCACAUCGUGGAGGUUAAUCCUCAGGGCAUCAGCAAGGGCGUGGUGGUGGAGAGCCUCCUGUCGUCCAUGGUGCGCGGCGGCAAGGCGCCUGACUUCGUGCUCUGCAUCGGGGACGACCGGUCCGACGAGGACAUGUUCGAGAGCAUCGUGUGCCCGGCCAACGGCAGCGUGAAGCUCCCGGCGACGAGCGAGGUGUUUGCGUGCACCGUGGGGAAGAAGCCGAGCAUGGCCAAGUACUACCUGGACGACACGGUGGACGUGAUCAAGAUGCUGCAGGGGCUCGCGAGCGCGCCGUCGCAGCAGCGGCCGUGGCCCGUGCAGCUCCGGGUCACCUUCGAGGAAGGAAACGGGGUAUGAGCAAACCGACGUGAUGAUGUCAAUAACCGAUGAAAAAAGAAGGACGACGACGAUGAUGUCAAUAACCGAUGAAAAAAGAAGGACGACGACGACGAUGAUGAUGAUUCAGGAAGUCAGUUGGUGUGGUUUUAGGAUUAGCUGCAGUUACAGGAUAAACAGGUUUCUUUCUUCUUUCUUCUUUCUUUUCUGGUUUAUGUUUCCAACCUCUUCCUCUCGCGCACGCAUAUACAUAUGCCCGCCCGCCCCAUACAUUGAGCGUGAGAAGAAGAGGUUUGUUCCUUCCGGUCACAUUGUAUAUGUAGUUGACGAUGACGAUGAAAUCAAUCAGAGGAAGAAGAAAAAUGAUUCUUUCA